AUAUGAUAAUCCCUUGGGAAGUCAUUGCUUGUUGAAUGUAUGGUUGAACAUCUCCUCGGGAGUAAUUUGUAGGCUGACAUAUUAAAUGCAUCAUCUUCUGUGCUCUAGAGGAGGAAGAAGAAGUCGUCUCGAAGUUUCCAGUACCGGGUUUGUGACUAGCUAAUGUACAUAUGAUAUAGGUGGUUUCUGUGAUGCUGGUGAUUUCAUUUAGUAAUAUUUAUCAGAAACAAAGAUGCUUUUCAAGAUUUUCAAGAUUACACUGAUUUUUUUGUCCUUUAUUGUGUGCUAUCAAUUUAUUUAUCACAUGGACUGUGUAAGUCGAAUCAACUAUCAAACGAAAGAAGACAAAAAAAUCACAUACGAGAGUCAACACGCGACAAUAAAACCGGAAUACCUCAGCGAGGACGAAUGUCAUCAGAUAUUACCGUGUUUGACUAAUGGAAGCUGGUCUUUGAAGGACGAUUUAAGCCCAGAAGAUGUUCAAAAGCGCAUCAAAAUGGAUGAAUACAUUUACGAAUACCAAGGGUUUCCAAGAACAUUUACAAGAUCAGAUGGAAGGUGUGGAAGGAAAUAUCCACCUACUCCUAAAGCAAGAAAAGCGGGAUCUGUCUGCGAUGCAUACAGCACACAGCCUUGUUGUAAUGAAGAUAAAGGUCGAUGUGGAAGCACGCCUGAAUAUUGCAGUUGUAAGAACUGUACAGAUUUUAGGAAGUAUUUGCCUGCGGAACUCGCACAAUGGAAAACCAACCAUGAUAAGUGUAGGAUGAGGGAUUUUAAACAUGCAGAAGCGUGUAAGUUUUUUACACAACAUAUUUCUGAAAUGUUGUUUGUUGGUGACUCAUUAACUCGACAUAUUUUCACGGCAUUAGCAUUGAUUCUGACCAAUAACACCGCAAUGGGCGCAUUGAACAUCAAGAUGAAACCAAAGCAACGCGAAAAGUGUUCGGGGGAGUUACAAUUCAUAGACGCAGGAAAGUUUAAUUGUCAUGUUUCUAUCGCUCGUCGUUGGGAAGAACUACCGCCAGUUUGUGGCGGCAAAACUAAUUUCAGGAUUAAUCUAGAAGAAGCAUAUAACGUGCAGUUGCUUCCUAGAGCUAAAAAUGCUGUGAGAAAGUUGUUAAACAAAACAGGAUCAGUUGUGGUAUUGAAUGUGGGACUGCACAUGCGCCAUAAUAGCAAACACGUCAUUGAUAAGUAUGUUGGGCCUAUUGUUGACAUGGUAACCAAUAGUGGUAAUGGAUGGCCCAAAAUAAUCUGGCAUAACCUUCAUGGGAUAGAGAACUUUCUAAGAUCAGAUAUCAAUGAAUUAUUUACGAAGUGGAAAAGAUUCAAUGCAGAAAUGAGUACAUACCUGAAAACAAAGAGAAUAGCUAUUCUGGACUCAGGACAAUUGACUCGAGGAAUCAGAAGUUACGACGCUCGUCAUUUUGGUUUGGGAGGAAACAUGUUAAAGGCACAAGUGCUGAUUAACUAUCUGGAACAAUGGUUUAAAACGUGUAGAAAAUAUGAGAUAAGAGAGUAAUGUUCACCACUAUACGAUAAAUACACUUGUUCUAAUGUUUUCCAAAUUCAGGCCAUGGAUUAUUCCCUUGAUUGUUAAUUCUUAUAACUUAUUGCGAUUUUGAGACAAUACGGGUUUAUAUUGGCGGCUAGUUGGGAGAAAAUAUAUUCCGUAUUAGCCGUAGUCGCGAAGGCCAAUACGGAAUAUAUUUUCUUACAACGCCACCAAUAUAAACCCGUAUUGUCGGCUCAAAAUCGCAAUAAGUUUUGUAUCGCGAUCCUCCUAUUUUUAAAUAUUAAAAUGAAGAAAAAAGCGAUGAAAAAGCCUGGUUCGUUUGAAAUUCUCACUACCUAACAGUGGUCACCCUAACAACGGUUUCUGGAAAAUUGCCGAGUUUUUGAGUUUUCGCAAAAAAGAAGAUUUUUCGUAAGUUUUACCUGUUUUGAUUGUACUUUUAACACUAGGAUUAAUUUUAUUACUCUACUUUGUAAAACAAAUAGUUAAUAAGAGAAUUUAUAUGAUUUUACAACUAUUUUUGUCAUGAAAUAACUUCUAAAAGUCGAGUUUUCUUUCAUGAAAACCAAUAUUUGGCGUUGUUUUUCACUCACCUGUAGCAGAAAGCGUAGGAACAGCAUAUCAUGUAUCACAAGUCAGGAAAUAAGUUGUGAAGAUCAAAGUUGUAAAAAAAGGAUGUAAAACAUGUAAAAAAUAAAUUUUCCGCCAUCGAUGUCGAGAUUCCAAUGUAAACCGUUGCAUUCACAAACCAGACUGAGAUACCAAAAAAGUGCUGUUUUCGCCGUCAAUCAAAUCUCAUGAGCCAAUCACGCGCGGUAAUUCUGAGCCGACAAUACGCGCGCGGGUCUAUAUUGGCGGCUCUCUCUCGAACAAACUUAUAGGAGGGUCGCGAUAAUUCGUUUAAUGGUAGCGUAUGAGAAGACACAUGAAUGUAUGGAUACAACUAGAACAAAGAAUCGUAUUCUCAAGGGAGUGACGUGAUCUGAAUUGGUAGUAAUUACGCCUAUAGUAAGUGGAUUGGGUCUGAAAUCAAAGAAAUCGUGAAACAUAGCUAUUUUGUUGAUGACGAUUAAAAAAUGUGCUAAAAAUAUGGGAUAGAGGGAUGCAUAGAUGGAUGGAUGGUAAGUGAAUGGAUGGAAGAAUGGAUUUUUUUGUUGAUGAUGAUUUAAAAAAUGCCGCCAAAAAUAUGGAAUAGAGGGAUGYAUAGAUGGAUGGAUGGUAAGUGAAUGGAUGGAAGAAUGAUGGGUUAAGAAAGGCUAGUAUAGAUAUGGAUGGAUGAAUGGUAAGUGAAUGGAAGGAAGGAUGAAAUGGGAUGUUUUAAGAUAGGCUAGUAUAGAUAUGGRUGGAUGGAUGGAUGGUAAGUGAAUGGAAGGAAGAAUGAAAUGGGAUGGGUUAAGAUAGGCUAGUAUAGAUAAAUGGGAUGGGUUAAGAUAGGCUAGUAUAGAUAUGGAUGGAUGGAUGAAUGGUAAGUGAAUGGAAGGAUGAAAUGGGAUGGGUUAAGAUAGGCUAGUAUAGAAAUGGAUGGAUGGAUGGUAAGGGAAUGGAAGGAAGAAUGAAAUGGGAUGUUUUAAGAUAGGCUAGUAUAGAUAUGGAUGGAUGGAAAGUGAAUGGAAGGAAGAAUGAAAUGGGAUGGGUUAAGAUAGGCUAGCAUAGAUAAAUGGGAUGGGUUAAGAUAGGCUAGUAUAGAUAUGGAUGGAUGGAUGAAUGGUAAGUGAAUGGAAGGAAGAAUGAAAUGGGAUGGGUUAAGAUAGGCCAGUAUAGGUAUGGAUGGAUGGUAAGUGAAUGGAUGGAAGAAUGAAAUGGGAUGGGUUAAGAUAGGCUAGUAUAGAUAUGGAUGGAUAGGAAAUAUCUUCCUUACCUCUUUUGAAAUUGAUCUUUGAAUCCUUGAUAUUUUUUAAAACACAAGACUGUUAUCCAGCGUUUACAAAUUAUAAUUGGUUUAUCGACAUCAGAGUUGAUGUCAUGUUUUAUUAUAAGACUUGGUUAUURCAAUCGUUAUACAAAAUAAUAACACACAUAUGUAAAAUAAAGUGCUAGGGCCUAUAAACGACUUAAAUCAGCCUGCUUGAAGAUGUUCAAAAAUACAAAUCACUGAAUCUUCGUAAUCAGUAUAACUUUUUUUUUUUCAUCCCACAAAUAGUUGUUAGUAAGUUUUUUUCUUUAAGUUCACACCAUGAUAUAUAAAGAAUUUAGGUGUUUUACAUAAUAUUGCACAUUUUAAAGUUAAAAUGGGAAGAAUAUGCAUGGGAAGUCUAAAAG